AUGGAGGAAAUUACUAUUUGCACCCCGUCGCCGGAUGAGAUUCCCGAGCUUGUCGGCUAUAUCACCAAAGCCCGAGCCGAGAUGUUUCCUUUUCUCGACCAAGCAUCCAGCGACCAAAUGGCUCAAAAGGAACUCAACAACUUCAGAAAGAAUCACUUUGAUCAUCCACUUGGAUCUUUCCUGACAGCUCGAUCUGAUGGACAACUGAUUGCCACCAUUGGCUACGUUCCUUACGAUGGCCGGUUUCCUUUCCUCAACCUUGAAGCAGAUAAUGUAGUUGAGGUUGUCAGACUAUACGUCAAACCAGAAUGGCGCCGUGCAGGAAUAGCUUCCAAGUUGUUUGCUCGACUCGUUGACACGGCUCAACACGCUGGUGUCAAGCAGCUCUAUCUGCAUACACAUCCUUUCCUGCCAAAUGCCAUUGGGUUUUGGGAACAAAAUGGGUUUUCGAUUAUGAACAUGGAUAAGGAUCCUGUUUGGCAAACGACGCAUAUGAAUCGCGUGCUCAAAGAGUGA